AAAAGAAAAAGCGCUCGCUGAACGAAUAAAGCUUCAUUCGGUCAAAGACUCUUCGCAUUGAACAAAAAUUAUUAUUUAUUUAUUUUUAUCUAAAUUGCGUUCUGUAGAUUUUAUAUUUUUCGAUUCUUUAAAAUAAAAGAUGCCCCGGACUUCAUCGAAGAAAGGGUCCACAAAUUCUACCUCUUCAUACAAUUCAUCAACUAUGGAUCUGUUUCGAGCUGCUUCUGGUAAAGCUGCAUCCAAAGAGCUGGAACGCAUUGAUCAAUUAUUCUAUUCAUAUGCGAACAAUUCCUCUGAUACGAUUGAACCUGAAGGAAUUGAGUCCCUUUGUUCAGAUCUGGAAGUCGACCAUACCGAUGUCCGGAUAUUAAUGCUUGCUUGGAAAAUGCAGGCUAAAAAACAAGGAUAUUUUUCCCGGGAAGAGUGGCGAAGAGGCCUUAAAGCUUUGAAAGUAGACACUAUAAGUAAAAUCAAGAAGGCACUUCCAGAACUUGAGAAAGAGGUUAGAAGGCCAUCACACUUUGUGGACUUCUAUUCAUAUGCUUUUAGAUAUUGCUUGACUGAGGAAAAACAGAAGAGUAUAGACAUUGAAAGCAUUUGUAUACUGCUGGAUCUUGUUCUAGGGUCGGAUUUUCAGCCCCAAGUUGAUGCGCUUGUUCAGUAUCUAAAGAUGCAGACUGAUUACAAGGUCAUUAACUUGGAUCAAUGGAUGGGGUUCUAUCGGUUUUGUAAUGAGAUUAGCUUUCCAGACUUCAGCAAUUAUGAUCCCGAUCUUGCUUGGCCCUUGGUCUUAGAUAACUUUGUUGAUUGGAUGAGAGCCAAGGAGGGUUAAGGCAAGAACCAUAUGGCGAAGUCUGUGUUGCCUGCAGAAUUGCUUAUAAUCAAAUUAGUAAAUUCCUUCCAAGUUUUCCGUAAUACAUAAGUACUGCUUCAGUGAAAGGUUUCAUUCUGGUAUUUUAGUUGCAUCUGCUAGCAGGACUUGCCAAAAAAAUACCAAUUAGACUGCCCAACUUCUUUUCUGCUUUCAUUUAGAAACUUCUCCUUUUCGUUUUAUUGAAAAUGCUGAUCUAUUGUUCGCCUUUUAAUUUGUAAAGUAAAGAAAUAUAUAAACUGAAACUUUUUGUGAUCUUGUGUAUUCUGCAACGUUUUUUGAGCGCGCACA